AUGGUCUUUGAUAUGCCUUUGCCCCGUCAAGUAUCACCAGAUGCCUUUGUCAAGCAACCCUUUGACUACAUUGUCAUCGGAGGAGGCACAGCCGGGAUCGCCGUUGCGUGCCGCUUGGCUGAGCGCAAACACUUGCAGAUCGGACUGAUUGAAGCUGGCAGGUCAAUCGGCAACGACGAAAAUGUAAACGUCCCAGCAAUCUACGGUCGUUCGAUCAGUGGGGAGAUUGAUUGGUGUCACCAGACGAUUCCGCAGGCUGGCCUCGGCGGCAGAAAACUCCUGUGGCCGCGCGGGAAGGCGCUGGGGGGGACAAGCUCGAUAAAUUUCAUGGCCUGGGUGCGUGCAAGUCGCCAAGACUACGAUGCAUGGGAAGCACUAGGUAAUCGAGGCUGGGGGUGGGACAGCCUGCUGCCCUUUUUCAAAAAGUCAGAAACGUUCCACCCACCGAGUGAGACUCUCGCCACCAACUUUGACGUGAGACAUGAUGCGAGCUCUCUUGGAACAGGCGGCCCUAUACAUAUCUCCUACAAUGAAGAGUACUCGGCGUCGCACUGCCUUUGGCAUCAAACGCUGAAUAGCGUUGGCAUUCCUACCAACGUCGCUCAUACGGCAGGUUCAAACGUUGGCGUAUGGACCAACAUCAGCAGCGUCGACCCAAGGACGGCAACGAGGUCGUACGCGACGAGUUACCUUGAUUCCGGGUCGCACGCACCCAACCUUCAUAUCCUCACAGACGCACAGGUCAAACGCAUCAUUUUGCAAAGCGAUGGAGCCAAGUGUACUGCAAACGGGGUUGUUUUUCAGUGUGGAGGGCUCGAAUUCGAGGCAUUGGCAUCGCGAGAGAUUGUUCUUUCGGCUGGCAGUGUUCAAUCCCCCCAGAUACUCGAGCUGUCAGGCAUAGGAAAUCCUGAUAUAUUAGGGGAUGCAGGCGUCAAAGUCCAUGUCAAAAGUCCCAUGGUUGGAGAAAAUUUGCAGGACCAUAUCAUGCUUGCCACUAUUUUCGAAGUAGAUCCUUUGCUCCCCAAUCCGGAUGAUCUCUUGGUCGACAAUAUUUACGCGACAAAAGCGCGACAGGAAUACGAGACAAGGCAAUCUGGACCAUGUACAGUCCUCCCUUGCGCCCUCUGCUACGUCCCGCUCAAGGAAUUUGUACCCCAGGCGGUGCUUGCCGACUUGAAGAAACGCGCGCAGGCUCACUCUGCAUUCAGCGCUGCGAAAAGCGCCAUCGUUGUGAAUCGUCUUGGAAACGACACGAAUCUCGGUCAUGUAGAGUACAUCUUCGAUCUGGGGAACUGGAGCCCCUCGUUCAAAGGCGAAGCAGGCAAAAAGUAUGGCACAAUGCUUCAAAUACUUCAGUACCCCUUUUCGGUAGGAUCUAUUCACAUCAGGCCGGAUGGCAGCCGCGAUGAUGAUGAGAGCCCGGCGACAGAGCUUCACAUCGACCCAAGAUAUUAUCAUGGUGAGCACGGCAAGCUGGACGUCGAGGUCAUGCAGCAGGCCUUCCAUUUCCUCGAGAAGAUUGUUACGACAAAGCCGUUAGCAAACAUUAUUCGCUGCCGUGUGGCUCCGGCCGAGGAUGUCAAAGAUGGCGAGAGAAUGCGUCAUUGGAUCGCGCAAAAUACUAUGACAGACUGGCAUCCGGUUGGGACAUGUGCCAUGGGCGGCCGUGCGGGCAUUUCUGGCGGUGUCGUCAACGAGAGGUUGCAGGUGUACGGUGUCAGAAGUCUGCGUGUUAUUGACGCCAAUAAGCGCUCAUAUUCCACGGUCUAUGCCAUUGCAGAAAAGGGUGCCGCCAUGAUACUUGAAGAUUUGGACAGUGGCGCAGACGAUUGGUUGAAGAGUUGA